AUGUCUAUUCACCACUGCCUCCGUCUCCGUCUGUCUCUGUUUCCGUCUCUCCUUCUGUCUCCGUUCAUGACAGCUUUGAGCCGGAAGCUCGGGAAGUCCUGCUUGGAACGGGGAUUUUACCAUUGUGCGCCAGAAAAGAUCAACGGAAGAUCAAGCAAAAUGGGUGGACUCAAUGUCUAUUUGAACAAAAAAGUUCGAGCCAUCAUCAAGAUGUUCGUGAUGUCGGCCAUGUUCGCCCCUAUUGACAACCCCAACUUGAUUGUGUAUGACAAACCACUGCAUGAUCAGUACGACUUCAUUGUCAUCGGCGGCGGCUCGGCGGGCUCCGUGGUAGCCUCUCGGCUCUCGGAGGAGCCCCACAGCUCUGUGCUGUUGCUCGAGGCCGGCGGCGCCGGCACGGCCUACACCGAGUGGCCUGUCCUUACCACCCUGGUCAUCAACGACAAGCGCUACGACUGGCGCUUCAAGAACGUCCGCGACGACGGAUACUGUGUGGGGAUGGAGGACCAGGUGCGCUCCGCCUGUCGGGCCGUUUCGCAGAAGUGCUUGCUGACCCGCGGCAAGAUGCUCGGAGGAUCCUCGGCCAUCAACGGCAUGGUGUACGUUCGGGGCAACCGGAACGACUUCGACCUGUGGGAGCGGCUGGGAAAUCCGGGCUGGGGGUUCCGGGACGUGCUGCCCUACUUCAUCCGCUCCGAGGACAACAGCGACCCCGAGAUCAGUCGGAGCCCUUACCAUGGCAAGGGCGGCUACCUGCCGGUUUCCUCACCCCGGUACGUCUCCGAUCUGGGGCCACUCUGGAUACGGGCGGCCAAGUACCUCGGCCUCGAGGUCGGAGACGUCAACGGCGACCGGCAGACCCGGUUCAUGUAUCAUCAGACGACGGCUAAGUACGGCGAACGGUGGUCGACGUCUCGUGCCUUCCUGCACCCCGCCUCACACCGACACAACUUCAACAUCUUGGUGCACGCGCACGUGACGCGUAUUAUCAUCGACCCACACACCAAGCGCGCCAAGGGCGUGGUGUUCUUCAAGAAGAAGAAGCGUCACGUGGUGUGGGCCAGAAAGGAGGUGAUACUGAGUGCUGGCGCCUUCCAGUCGCCCCAACUACUGAAGCUAUCUGGGAUAGGACCUUGUGACGAGCUCAAGAAGUUUGGGAUCCCCUGCAUCCAUGAACUGCGGGGCGUGGGAGAAAACAUGCAAAGUCACUUCGGCCUUGGCGGACUGGAUUUCAUAACAGAGAAAAAACGUGGCCUCACAUUGGAAACCCUUAUCAACGUUCAGGCAAUCAAGGACUACAUAAAAUACAGAACAGGCCCACUGACGACGAUCUUGUUGAUCGAAGGCACCGGGUUCGUCAGCACACGCUAUAACAACAUCAGCUACGGCGUCGACUGGCCUGACGUGCAAUUUCACUUUUACCCCGUCAACGUGGCUACUGACGGCGGGGGCUUCUACCGCCACAUCCUGGGCAUCUCCGACAAGCUGUGGAAGCGCUUCAAGCCGAACAAGUUCGAGUCGGGCUUCCGUAUCGUGCCCAUCAACCUGCGGCCGCGCAGCCGCGGUCGCGUCCUCCUGCGCUCGCGCAACCCGUUCCAGCACCCGGACAUUUUCCUCAACCUGUUCGACGACCCACACGACCUGGCGGUGCUGCGCGAGGGCGGCCGCCUGGCAGAGAGGAUCGGCACGACGCCGCCGUUCCUGCGCAUCGGCGCGCGCCCCAACACCCAGCCGAACCCGUUCUGCCACCGCCACCCGGCCGGCGGCCCCGAGUGGUGGGACUGUCGCGCGCGCGUCUUCACCGAGACCAUCUACCACGAGACGAGCACGUGCGCCAUGGGUCCGCCGGACGACCACUACGCCGUGGUGGAUAACCAGCUCAGGGUGUACGGCAUUGCCGGCCUCCGCGUGGUGGACGCCUCCGUCAUGCCCACCAUCACCUCGGGCAACACCAACGCGCCGACCAUCAUGAUCGCCGAGAAGGCGGCCGACCUGAUCAAGGCGUACUGGCACGCCGUACACAUGGGUGUGGACCCGGCGGCCUACGUGGAGCGACACGCGCUGCACGUGCACGGCGGCAAGCUCUACGACUUCACGCUGCACGCCGACCACGUGGAGGACCACGUGGUGCACCACGGGGACGGGGAGGCGUACACGUUUGGCGAUGAGGAGGCGCUGCUGCAGGGUCUGGAGGCUCUUGGUCUGGGCCCAGACGGCGCCGGCCUGAAUGUCUCGCACGGGCUGCUCAGCGAUGCCGACGCCGACGCCGAGCAGCUCGAGGGACUGCUGCGGGCCGACGGGCUAGAUGGAAGUCUGGAGGUGGAGAGUGCAGUUCACGCGGCGGGUGGCCACGUGGAACACAUGCUCCAGGCUUCGACGCAGGAGGUGUUCAGGAGGUGGAGAGUGCAGUUCACGCGGCGGGUGAUCACGUCGAGCACCUCCUCCAGGUUUCAGCUGACGCAGGAGGUGUUGAGGAGGUAG